AUGACGCGGCUGGGAUCGGACCCACGAUCUCCCGCAAUCGAAGCGGACGCUUUACCAGAUGGCAGAGUGAUCAAGGUGGGUGGGGAGCGAUUUGAGGCUCCAGAGGCCUUAUUUCAACCCCAUCUUAUCGGUGUAGAAAGUGACGGGGUAGCUGAGAUAUUAUUCAAAACCAUUCAGACUGCUGAUCUGGACACUCGACCAGAACUGUACAAGCAUAUAGUGUUGUCAGGAGGUUCAACUAUGUAUCCCGGUCUGCCGUGUCGGCUUAAGAGAGAACUAAAACAAUUGUAUCUAGAGAGGAUCAUUAAAGGCAAUAAAGAAACAUUGAGUAAAUUUAAAGUUCGUAUAGAAGAUCCACCCAGAAAAAAGUACAUGGUGUUCUUAGGAGGAGCUGUCCUUGCCGACAUCAUGAAAGACGAGGCUGAGUUUUGGAUUUCAAAAGAAGAAUAUAAAGAAAAAGGCACCAAAGCACUUGAAAAACUUUCGACACCAGUUAAGAAAACAGUCGGAUGA